AUGGAGCAGCCGCACCGCCUGGACCAUAUAAAAUCAAUUCUCCGUGACAACAUCAUAGCAGGGGGUUUCUCAGCAGCCAUAGCCUCGAACAACUCAACCCCUAUCCAAAUCCACUCCGGCCACGCCAACAUCGCCCAAAACGAGCCCCUCACCUCAACCCACCUUUUCGGCAUCGGCAGCAUAACAAAAGUCUUCAUCGCGGUCGUCAUCUUCCAACUAGUCGAAGAAAACAGACUAUCAUUGACCGAUACCGUUUCCGAAUACCUCUCAGAUAAAUUUCUGCACGAUAUCGACAAUGCCGCCUCAGCCACGAUUGCACAACUUCUAAGCCACGAAGCCGGUGUCGACAGCUGGGAAGACGACCCGAAAUGGAUCGUCGACGGACGAGGCGCGAACAUCAACGUCAAGCGCCUUUGGGGGAAGAGCGAUACAUUGGAGUACGUGCGACGGCCGAGGAGGACGGCGCCUGAGCAAGGCAAUUGGUAUUAUUCGAAUAAGAAUUAUACACUUCUUGGACUUAUAAUCGAGAAGAUUACGAACAACACCGCGGAAGGAGAGAUGGUGGCGGGUCGGAACCAUUAUGCGACGAAGCAGUUUCAUGAGAGAGCUGGUGUGAGUCCUGAGUUUCCGUUCGUACUUCCGGAUAUUUUCGAUGCUACGGGGUCGAAUCUGUCUGUCUCCUGGACGGCGGGUGGCAUGAUGUCGUCGACUUCCGAUUUCUGCAAGUUCGCUCUCGCCCUGCGGGAUGGACGACUUCUCGAGCCAAGGUCUUGGAAAAUCAUGCGAGGUUGGAGGACAACGACUAUCGAAGGUCAUGAGAUGGGUCAUGGCAUAUUCAGAAUGACGCUCCCAGGAAAAGGAAGCUGGCUAGGCCAUUCAGGCGGAGUUUUGGGCUUCUCAACUGGCUUGUGGUGGAAAGAAGACGAAGACUGUGUGGUUUGCGUAAUGGGAAACUGCGGGACUGUUCACGCCGGAAAAGUCGACCGCGAUGUCAACGAAACAACAAUGUCGUCGUCGACUUUGUCCCGGACGAUAUCCACACCUCGACUAACCAUACGCCUGACUGACCCGGACAAUGAGGAAGAUUGCAAGGUGAUUCUCACCUUCUACGACCCAGUCACUCGUCCAGAUAUGCAAACACCUUCAGACAUCCCCAAGAAAUCCGAAGCCAACAUGAUAAAGCCGGAUCUCUGCACCCUCGCAGUCCCACCAAAAGGCGUCUUCCACCUCAUCUUCGUCAACGACUCCCCCGACACCAGUCCCAUCGGCUUCAUCGGCUUCAGCUGCCGCCCGAACUGGCCAUGCUCCGAUUUAGGCUACAAACUGCUCCCUGCCUGUCGAGGGAAAGGCUAUGCCUCCGAAGCCGGCAAAGCAGUCCUAUCGUUCUGGCGGGAUGAAGUUGGUGUCAAGGAGAUCUGUGCGCCGAUUGGGGUGGCGAAUGUGGCAAGUCAGCGGGUCGCGGAGAACAUUGGGUUUGUGAGGGAUAGAGAAUUUCAUGGCAACGGAGAGGGAUGGAAGAAGGCUGGGGGUGAUGAAGGGGAGGUAGCCUAUGUGUUGCCAGGGAUGGAAGGGAGGAUUGACUGGGAUAGCAUGGAGUUGGAGUAA